CACACACACACACACACAUACACACACACCGUGUGAGGAGGACGAGUCGCGCUGACGGAGAAUUGAAGGAAUAACAUCUUGAAUAAUGAUGACAGAGUCAGAACCUUAGAACCGGAUUUCACUUUCAUCUGAACGACAGAGAAAAAAUGGACAAGACACAGCGAGCGCAGAAACCGGAGCAGCAACCGUCUCCGAAGACCAGAAGAAGUCUCAGCUUCUCAUCCUUCCGCGUUAAAAAAAAGAACAGAAGUUCUGAAGAGGGUGCAUUCGACCGGCGGAGAGGACUGCUGUCGUUCUCAUCAGUGCGGGAGACAUCGAGAAAAGAGUACGUCCCAGAGGUGGAGGGUGCCUCGCAGGUGAACUGGACCCAGAACCAAGUGAAGCAGAAAGGUGAGCAGCCCAAAGGUAACCUCAUCUCUGAGGCGGCGGAGAAACACACAGCCGACCCGCCAGGUGAAGACGAAGAUGGACACCGCGGGCCCCUCAAGAGGUUCAGCGCCAUGUGGUCCUCCUUCCGCAAGGGCAAACGAGACCGAGACAAAGACCCCGAGCCCACGGAGCCGCCGGGCCCCGCGGCGGCAGACGGCGCCGUGUCCAGGCCGCACCGCUACGCCAGCGGCCAGUACUUCUUUGAGUACCUGGUGGUGGUCAGCCUCAAGAAGACCAAAGACGGCAGCAGCUACGAACCUCAGAUCACCUACCAGUUCCCCAAGAGAGAUGGCAUGGCGAAGUUUCAGAAGGAGGAGGAGGAGAAGACGCUGCGGGCCAUCACUCUCUUUUGUUUCCCCGAGGGCAUCAACUGGGCUCCUUUGACAGAAUACCACAGCGAGACGUUCUCCUUCGUUCUGACGGAGGUUGACGGCAGCAGAAGAAACGGAUACUGCCGGAGGUUACUGCCCGGAGGGAAAGGAGCUCGACCCCCGGAGGCGUAUUGCAUCAUCAGCUCGAUGGCUUGUUUCGGCCUCUUCUCCAAGAUAUUAAAUGAGGUGGAGAAGCGGCGGCAGAUCUCCAUGGCGAUGAUCUACCCCUUCAUGCAGAAGCUGAGGGAGGCUCCGUUCCCAGCUCCGGGAAACACCGUGGAGAUUAAGAGCUUCAUUCCUGAGUCGGGCACCGAGAUCAUCAGCCUGACGCGGCCGCUGGACUCCUGGCUGGAGCACGUGAACUUCAACACGCUGUUCGGCUGCCUGACGGACAGCGAGGUGCUGCUGGUGUUUGCCGCCACCGUCUUGGAGCGGCGCAUCGUCUUCAUCGCCGAUGAACUGGGCACGCUGUCGCAGGUCAUCCACGCCGUGGCCGCCCUGCUCUACCCCUUCCUCUGGCAGCACACCAUGAUCUCCAUCGUUCCGGAGAUCCUGAUCGACGUGGUGAUGGCGCCCACCCCCUACCUGCUGGGGGUCCAGAAACGCCUGCUGGACCUGGUCACCGACAAGAGCGACCUCCUGGUGGUCGACUUGUCGGGGGAUAAAACGGAGACCUUCAUUGCUUCCGUUGGCGACGAGGGUUCAAUUCUGCCCCCGAAGCUCGAGGCGGAAAUACUCGAGGCGCUAAGUCACCGAGAACAGACGUCAACGGUGGAGGAGAUGAACCGCGUCGUGUCGGAGGCCUUCCUGCACUUCUUCGUGAAGACCGUCGGCCACUACGGCUCCUACGUGAAGUACGGCCGCGGCGGAGGCGAGGGCGUGUUCGAGAAGAGGAGCUUCUACAAGGCCAUCGACUCCAAGACCACGCGGCACUUUGUGAAGAAGUUCAUCCAGACGCAGACGUUCGACCUGUUCAUGCAGGAGGUGGAGCAGCGGCAGCCCGGCCCGCAGCAAGGAAUAUUUCACCAAAAGAUCCUCGAAUACCAAGAGAAGAAGAAAAAGGAGAAGUCAAAGAAACACUAGCCUCUGAGCGGGACCCUGGGUGUACAUAAAGGGAGUUCAUAGAGGAAACCAUGUGACUGUUGCACUGUGUGUCUGUUGCCCCGGGGCAGUUUUGGAUUUAAGUAUCAACGUGUGAAUUACUGUAUGGCGAUGGCGCUGCCGCUCUUGUGAAACACUGGCGGGGAGAGAGACUUCAGUUCGAUGUGUCGGGAAGCAGGAAAAUCAUUUCACAUAAAGAUUAGUUUUUUUAAGCAUACCACCUCCUGUCUAUGUUUUUUGUUUCGCCGGAAGUCUUUUGUGUCCUAACCGAAAACUAAGAUUCAUCGUACGGAUAUCUAUGGAUAUUGUCAAUUAUAUAAUCAGAGUUUAACAGUCAAGUAAGUGUGUAAUAAUGUGACUCCGGCUCUCAAUAAACAUACACGGGCAUGCGGCUAAAACAAAGGGACGACUAGAUCUGUAUUGUGGGGCAAAGGAAGGAGAGGAGAGGAGGCAAGGAAAGGAACUUGAGGAUGUACAAACUGGGAGAUGAGAGCACUGCGUUGCACAUUGCAUACUUUUUUAUUUGUGUGCUUCUCUUCGUAGUCUGCAUACUGCAGCUGCACGUUUAAAGUGGACUGUUGCAUGCAGGAUGCACUCAAUAGGGACACACUACUUUGUCAUAAUACUAACCCUAAUAUAUAUGUAUACAUAUAUAUAUAAUUAUGUAUGUGUAUAUAUAUAAAUAUAUAUAUUAAUGUAUGUAUAUAUAUUUGUAUAUGUAUAUAUUUAUAUUAUAUAUAUAUUUAUGUGUAUAUAUAUAUAUCUCUGCCUGCUGCAUAGGGGAUUGUGGGUAGUAAUAGACAUGAUAGAAUGCUGGAUUGCACACUGGAAAAUAAUUUUUUGGCGUACUGUUUUUGGAUUGCCUUACUGUGCUGUGAUUGGCUAGUGGCAAGUACUACUGUUCUGUGAUUGGUGGAGCUGAAUCACUGAGUUCUUUUAAUUUAACUCGAGUGUAAUUUACUUUUCAUGCGUCAUUGAUGCAGAAACUCUGCAGACCGGGAAGUUUGACACAGACGGACAUUUUGUUCAGUUAAGGCAACAAACAACCUGUUGAAGUCUCAGAAAAGAGCCGAGUUUGAGUUAAAUUCACCUUUUAACUUGCAUUAUAUGCAGACUUUGCCCAGGAAAAUUACCCACAAUUCCUAGAAAUGUGACGUCAAACACGGGGUAGCCAGUGGAAGCUUGGGGGUACAUCCCAAGUCUCUUAACGGUCGUUUCCUCGCUCCUCACCGGGAGUUGCUCUGCGCUGCCAUAUUGACGGAGCGAGAAGGGGGAGGAGCCAUGAUCGAGAACCAGGACGUGUUUCAAUGCUCGACACGCCCCCUUAUUCAUCAGCUAUUUGAUUGGACCCCGCAACUCAUCGAGUAAACUCAGAUUAACAAGUUAUAUAUUAGAUUUGUUUUCCUGAUUCACAAUGUUUAUUGUAGGUCUGACUAACAAAAGGACAACAAGCACCGUUCCUCAUUUAUAAAAGGAAAUUGUCUUUUCCCUCAAUAUCUUUUAUUAUGGAUCCUAUUUAAAUCACACAAAGGAAACACUUUUGACAUAAUUUAUAAGAAUUUCCAUUCGGUCACUUGCGGUUGAUCGUUCCCGAGUGUUGGGUUUGAUUAAGUUUUAUAAUUUAAGUUUAACCUGAAACAUUGAGCCUAAAAAAAAGUAUUCUAGUGUUGAAGGGAAACUAUUAUCAUAUUGUUGGUUAUUUUAUAAUGUCACAAUCUGAAUUUCAAAACAUAAAGAUUCAAAUAAUUAAUAAAUAAGUAUUCCGUCGGUAGAAAUAAAUCAUGAGUAUCACACACUGUAUAAAUACUCAUUUAACAGGUAGAAAAACAUGUCCACUGUAACAGUGAUGAUAACUGUUUUAAUUAGUAUUAAUACAGUGAUGAUAACUGUCUUUAUUACUCAUAUAGUGAUGAUAACUGUCUUCAUAAGUAUAAUUAGUAGUGUAAUAGAAUUGAAAACAUUAUACAAUAAUUAUUACCAAUAUUUUAAGUGGACUUUUAGUGUUAAAAGAGUGGAAGAAGUACUUUUUUUAAUAUGAAAGAAUGCUGUUUAUCACGUAUAUGGCACAAGAAAAUGUCCAAUACAAAACGGUAGAAUAAGCAUAAAAAAUAAAUAAAAAAGCACGAUGAACAAUGGUGGAAAUUAUGCAAAAGAAAAUAGAGAUAUAUUUAAAACUGUAAUGAGGACAAAUGUAUGUACGGUAAGAUUUGGGAAUGGAAAUUAAAGAUAUGCCACAAAUCAAUGCCACAAAUCCACUUUUCUAUUUCAUCCAUCAAGGUUGUGUUCAGCCCGAUGUUCACACAGCUUUGUCCAAAUCCUGCUCAUCUGUGUCAUUUUAUUCCUGAACAUUAUGCAAUCCUCUUUUCCAGUGUGUAUUCUUUGCUUUUGGCAGAAUGAAAAGCCACAGCGCCCCCAGGCGGACAGAAUCAUGUACAACAGGAUCUAGUUAAUACACUUUUUUCUCGAAUAUGCAUAAUAUUAGGAAAUGUGGUCUGUAUUGGACCUUGACAUGCAAACACAGUUCAGUGUGAGCUACACUUCAGAAUAUCAGUGUCUCGAAUUCCAGAACUUUAGAACAUCAGUGUAUCUAAUUUUCAGAACUUCAGAAUAUCUGAAGCUGAAAUGAUUGGAGGAGAUAAUAAUGUUUCUUCUUUGUUGAUUCUCAUGACACAAGUCUGGAUGAAGAGAGGGACAUAUUGUGUGCUCAUUUUUAUUGAUUUAUAUUUGUAUUUUAAUUUGAUUAGUUGUUCCCAAAUGAACAGUGCCUGACGCACAGGGACUAACAUGUUCCCUGUUUCUGUUCUAAACCAUCUUCAAUCAAUAUAAAAGGUUAAGUAUCAUAUUAAAAACUAUCUGGAACUAUGAAUUAACAAUUAAAGAUAGAAUAUCGUG